AUGGCCGGGAGCACAAACCGAACCUAUGUCCACUCUGGACAACAAGACGUGGUUAAUGCGUCCUCGGAUGGAUCGGCUCAUGUCGUGAUGGGAACGAGCAGUAACACCAGCACUAAUACCACCUUCGUUGCUGCUGCCAAGAAGAAGGCACGCCGACGAGCCGACUCGUCAAGUCAAAAACGACGAUGCAUCAGCACAGCAUGCGUUGCGUGCCGCAAACGCAAGUCCAAAUGUGACGGCGCCUUACCUAGCUGCGCUGCUUGUGCCAGUGUCUAUGGCACUGAAUGUAUUUACGACCCAAACUCAGACCACCGUCGGAAAGGUGUCUACCGGGAGAAGGCCGACAGCAUGAAAGCACGUAGUGCGACCCUGCAAGUCCUUGUCGAAGCCAUUCUCAAUGCCUCGGAAGAUGAUGUCACCUCGGUCGUCAACAAGAUUCGUUCCUGCGAUAACUUAGACUCCGUUGCCCAAUCCAUCAUCAACCAAGACGAGGACAGCGGAGUCGCUACGCCUGAAGAAAUGGAUGAUGACUACGUUGACUUUUUGGCUGUCAAAGGCGAAAACGAACUCGCUCGAAAAAUGGGAGAGCUCAGGUUCGAGAAUGGAUCCGUACGCUUUAUUGGUGGCACAUCUCACUUGAUAUAUCUUGGGGACUCCCAAAAAGAUGCUAGCGACGCUUAUCCUCAAGCCGAAGAGCAACCCACCAACGACGACCCGGUGGCUUCAUGGACGCGAGUCACCAAUGACACCAAUCUCAUCACGCACUUGAUCAACAUGUACUUCAAUUAUCACUAUACAUACUUCACUACCCUGCCAAAGAAGCUCUUUUUUAAAGACUUCAUAAAAGGUCAAGCAAACGUGGCUCACCAGAAUUCUACAGCGUACUGUUCGCCACUUUUGGUCAACGCCAUCCUGGCACUGGGGUGCCACUUCACCGACGUUUCUGGAGCGUACGGCAGCCCAGGCGAUGUCAGAACCAAGGGCGACCAUUUUUUUGCCGAGGCGAAGCGUCUCAUCCUGGAAAAUGACGAGUUUGCUAAGCCUCGCCUCGUCACAGUCCAAGCGCUGGCGCUGAUGUCUGUAAGAGAGGCUGGCUGUGGCCGCGAAGCCAAGGGAUGGGUAUACAGUGGAAUGAGCUUUCGCAUGGCUCAGGAUAUCGGCCUGAACCUCGAAGUCACUGGCGCUGACAGAGAGCAUAUGUCUGAGGAAGAGAUUGACGCCAGGAAAAUUACUUACUGGGGCUGUUUUGUGUUUGACAAGUGCUGGUCCAAUUACAUGGGCAGGCUGCCCCAGCUUCUCAAAACGACCUGCAACGUCUCAAAGUUCGAUGUUGCUAGUGAAGAAGACUCGUCCAUGUGGUCCCCUUUGUCGGAUAAGGGCCUUGAUGAAUCUUUUGAACAGCCGGCGAGAACACGAUCAGCGGCUUUGCAGCUCGUUAGCCUCUGUGAGAUCAGCAGUGACCUAAUGGUCUUCUUUUACCACCCCAACCACAUAAAGCGACCCCGUGGUAAGUCUGCUGAACUGAAGAAGCUGAGCGAGAUACAUCAGCGGUUGGAACAGUGGAGAAAAGCCCUGCCCAAAGAGUUUGAGCCAAACGACGGCCAGCUUCCUAAUGUGAUCCUUAUGCACAUGUUCUUCCAUCUACAGUAUAUCCACCUCUUUCGCCCAUUCCUGAAGUAUACUCCAGCAGCAUCGCCACUCCCAGCCCAUGUUUCGCCGCGACGAAUAUGUACAGCCAAUGCUGGGGCAAUCUCAAAACUAAUGAGGCUCUAUAAGAAGCUAUUUGGCUUACGACAAAUAUGCAACAUUGCAGUGUAUAUGGUUCACAGCGCAUGCACCAUUCACUUGCUCAAUCUUCCGGAGAAAAGUGCUCGGCGAGAUGUAAUUCACGGUGUGAAGCACCUGGAAGAGAUAGCUGACGACUGGCUCUGUGCUCGUCGCACAUUAAGCAUACUCAGUGUGCUUGCUAGAAAAUGGGGCUGCGAACUACCAGAAGACGCUGCUUUCAUUCUAAAGCGAACUGACGAGAAAUACGGAUACUACAGUACUUCAGACGUGCCCUCUCCAACCUCCAGUCACAGUACAACAGGUGCGGGUGUGGGAGCGGACGACACAUUGUCAAAAUCCUCAGGGGAAUAUAGUCCAAUGGGACAGUUCGCACAGGCACAAAUAAUCGAAGGUCUUGGACCCGGGUCUAUCGAUGAUCGAAUCUCUUUGAUGCAAUCAUCUCACAUGGUCGACGAAGCGCGCCUGUCUCAUCAAGAACACGGUGUACGCAUCGAUGCGAUGCCUCUGGAUUUCAACGUUCAAACAAAUGGAAUUGGAAGGUGGGUUGGCAACUCAGCUAGUGUACCAGCACCAGGCUACGAGCCACCAUUCUUCCCAAUCAACCAUCGAGCGUCGGUGCCGCAAGAUCACAGCCAAGCUGCGCCUCGACGGAUGCCUAGACAAGCAGAAAAUCUGCCUCCUAAUGGCCAGGACUGGAUGCUCAAUGAUGGAGCAAGGUGGCAACACAACUUUGAAGGUUGGGGGAUGGGUGGAGCUCCAUCAAACGGAGUUUUCAUGUUCGGCCACAACCGAAAUAACAGCUUCAAUCAACCUUCCGGCGGGUGCCAGGAAGACCAGGGGCAGCUCGCGUUUGAAGGCCUCAAUGCGUCGUUGAAUGGCAGCGGCUGGCUCCCUGGUUUGGACUGA